AUGGCGCGCGCCAACCGCGGGCUAUGCAUCGGGUCAUCGCACACCCUGGGCGGGAGCGCGGCGAUGCUUACCCGUCUAGCCGAGCUUGUCCCGCGCGGCCGGGUCGUGGUCGGAGACGCGUGCUGGGAGGCGCCGCCGCCGCCGCCGACGGAGGCCGCCAGGGCCCUACACGGCGACGGGGUCCUGUCACUCGCCGACCUGGCCGCGGCGCGCGGGGAAGCCGGGUGGCAGGUGCUGCACCUGACGACGGCGGACCGGCGCGAGGGGGAUGACUUUGAGUCGCGGCAUCGCGCGGGGGUUCGGCAAUGGCUGCUGUGCAACGGGUUGGACCCGCGGGCCGCGGAGGUGCGGGCUCGGCAGGAUGAGAGGGAGCGUCGGUAUUUGACCUUGUGUAUCGCAUCUGGUGCUGGGCAAGCGGCGGGCAUAGCAGUUUGCCGCGGCUUGUUCCCGCGGCUCGUUCCCGUUGUUGCCCCUGAUGUGGUCAAACUUGGGGAAUGCAGCUCCACACCCUGGGGUUAG